GUCCAGGCAAAAGCAUCAAAACGCACCAGGACUAGGAGGAGAGCUUUUCCCCGGCCGGAAAAAAACCCCACAAUACCAUGGAAGAAAUGCAUUAAAAUGAGAGCGCAGUGAGGAUAAUGAGAGACGGCACCGCUUCACAGGAAGGUCAUUCCCGAAAAACAUAAGCAGUGCGCAGACUAUACGGAUAUUUGGAGUAUACCCGACUGCAAGUGGAGAAGACCCCGAAACAGUGAAACAUUGUCCCGGCUUUUUAUUGUCGGAAAAGCAAGGCAUGGAGGGAUUUACAUCUCGACAAGGCAGCACGGGAUAGAAGAUCUGACGAGCGGAGAGAGGACAGUGAAUAAGGACCGCGCUGCGGAGAGGAGCUGCGUAACUGUGACUGUUUUCUCCUCGCCUGUACGCCGGCGGGCUCCAGUAACACAGCUGAUGACUGUCCCUCAGGUGGCUGGAUUGCAGGGCUGAGCGGGAAGCCUGUGUGUUUGCCGAGGGGGGUGCCCCGGCUUGUAUGUUGGUCACUUGCAGUCGCACUCGCUCACAAGGACCAUGUGGUUUUCUCCAAGGAGAAGUCGUGUCCCCUCGCAGAACUGGCACGGUGCCCACAGCUGCACCAAUUUCAGCGUGCCCUUGUGGGUGUUGAGUUUUUGUUGGUGCUUUGCGGCCAUGAGAGGUCAGAACUACCACCCCACUGUGAACACGCAGUACGGGAAACUCCGGGGGGUGCGGGUGCCCCUGCCUAGUGAGAUUCUGGGGCCGGUGGACCAGUACCUGGGGGUUCCGUACGCCGCCUCCCCAGUGGGAGAAAAGCGCUUCAUGCCCCCAGAGCCUCCUUCCUCCUGGUCAGGGAUCAAGAACGCCACUCACUUUGCUCCCGUCUGCCCCCAAAAUAUUCACAAUGCUGUGCCAGAGAUCAUGAUGCCUAUAUGGUUCACCUUCAACCUGGAUAUAGUUACCACAUACAUACAGGAUCAACACGAGGAUUGUCUUUAUCUAAACAUCUAUGUUCCAACUGAGGAUGUCAAAAGAAUAUCCAAGGAAUGUGCCAGGAAACCCAACAAGAAAAUGUGUAGAAAAGGAGGGGCCCAUGCAAAAAAACAGGGUGAGGAUUUAUCGGAUAACGACGGUGAUGAAGAUGAAGACAUACGAGAUACUGGGGCCAAGCCUGUGAUGGUCUACAUCCACGGAGGAUCCUACAUGGAGGGGACGGGCAACAUGAUCGAUGGGAGCGUCCUGGCCAGCUACGGAAAUGUCAUCGUUAUCACUCUCAACUACCGUGUCGGAGUCCUCGGCUUCCUCAGUACCGGUGACCAGGCUGCUAAAGGGAACUACGGGCUCCUGGACCAGAUCCAGGCUUUACGUUGGAUCAGCGAGAACAUCGGCUUCUUCGGAGGGGACUCAAACCGCAUCACUGUGUUCGGUUCUGGGAUCGGAGCUUCCUGCGUCAGUCUGCUCACCCUCUCCCACCACUCUGAAGGUCUGUUCCACAGAGCCAUCAUUCAGAGCGGGUCAGCCCUCUCCAGCUGGGCGGUGAACUACCAGCCGGUCAAGUAUACACGUCUCCUGGCGGAGAAGGUGGGCUGUAACGUCCUGGACACUUUAGACAUGGUGGACUGUCUGAGGAAGAAGAGCUCCAGGGAGCUGGUGGAGCAGGACAUACAACCAGCGAGGUACCACGUGGCCUUUGGACCUGUAAUCGAUGGGGAUGUUAUCCCCGAUGACCCCGAGAUCCUCAUGGAGCAGGGCGAGUUUCUCAACUACGACAUCAUGCUGGGGGUCAACCAGGGCGAGGGGCUGCGGUUCGUGGAGAACGUGGUGGAUUCGGAGGACGGCGUGUCCGGAAACGACUUUGACUUCUCUGUGUCAGACUUUGUGGACAGUCUGUACGGAUACCCGGAGGGCAAGGACACAUUGAGGGAGACCAUUAAGUUCAUGUACACAGACUGGGCAGACAGGGACAAUCCAGAGACCAGGCGCAAGACACUGGUGGCUCUGUUCACAGACCACCAGUGGGUGGAGCCAUCGGUGGUGACGGCUGAUCUCCACGCUCGCUACGGCUCACCCACCUACUUCUACGCCUUCUACCACCACUGCCAGAGCCUGAUGAAGCCAGCCUGGUCAGAUGCCGCCCACGGGGACGAGGUGCCCUAUGUUUUUGGAAUUCCUAUGAUUGGCCCCACUGACCUUUUCCCCUGUAACUUCUCAAAGAACGAUGUCAUGCUCAGUGCUGUGGUCAUGACCUACUGGACCAACUUUGCCAAGACUGGGGAUCCCAACAAACCGGUUCCCCAAGACACCAAGUUCAUCCACACCAAGGCCAACCGCUUCGAAGAGGUGGCCUGGUCCAAGUACAACCCCCAGGACCAGCUGUACCUGCAUAUCGGCCUGAAGCCACGAGUGCGCGACCACUACCGCGCCACCAAAGUGGCCUUCUGGAAACACCUAGUGCCCCACCUGUACAACCUCCACGACAUGUUCCACUACACCUCCACCACCACCAAAGUGCCCCCGCCAGAGACCACCCAGAACACCUUGUCCACCAAGAGGCCCAACGGGAAGACCUCCUGGCCGUUCAACACCAAGCGGCCUCCCAUGUCCCCGGCGUACAACAGCGAGGACAAAGACUCUUGGAGUGACGAUGAGGAGCCGGGGCCGCUGGUGGUGGAGAACCCGCGGGAUUACUCCACAGAGCUCAGUGUCACUAUCGCUGUGGGGGCCUCGCUGCUGUUCCUCAAUGUGCUAGCUUUCGCAGCCCUCUACUACCGCAAGGACAAGCGGAGGCAGGACUCUGGCCAUGGGCAGCCCAGCCCGCAACGCCAGACCACCUCCAACGACAUUGGCCACCAUGCGCCCGAGGAGGAGAUCAUGUCGCUGCAGAUGAACCAGACGCACCAUGAGUGCGAGGCGGGGAACAGCAACGAGGGGGCACUACGCUUGGCCUCGUUGCCCGAUUACACACUCACUCUGCGGCGCUCUCCGGACGACAUUCCCCUCAUGACCCCCAACACCAUCACCAUGAUCCCCAAUUCCCUGGUGGGCAUGCCCAACCUGCACCCCUACAACACCUUCACAACUGGCUUCAACUCCACCGGCCUGCCGCACUCCCACUCAACCACCCGCGUAUAGCUUUAAGGAGGCCAGGGGCAGCCGGCGCAGGCGGGGGAGGAGGAGGCGGCGGUGGCGUUGGUGGAGGAGGAGCGGGAGGAUGAACGAACGGAGGAGAGGAUUGUGUUUUAUAAAUAUCACAGGGAGGGGGAGGGCUGCGAGGGGGAGGGGAGGGGAAGGGCAUGAGUCGGAUUAAAACGUGAAGAGAUUUAACUAGACUUUUACUACGAGGAGAGUUGCUGAGAGCUCUCUGUGGAUGUCAAGUUGUGCAGAGCUGCCAAAAUCAAACUGCUUCCCUUCUCCCGAUCGGGGGAGGGGGUCUUUCUGCAGUGUUUUUUUCUAAAAUAAUCAUUUUAAAAGCCUUUUUAAGCAGACUGAGGAGAUAUCAACACUUAUCUUGAAUUCAUAACAAAAACAAAGAGAAGUGCUUUUUAUUUCCCAUCCCUUCCUCCUGCGGGAGACACAUCUCGAACAAUGGCCUCUACGUCAGUAUUCGCGAAAUGUUUUUAAUUGCUUCUUUGUUUUGUUUUACGUUUCAAUGCCUUACAAAGCUUGUUCUUUUUUUGUCAUUAUUUUUAUUCCCUGAGACUAUUCCACGUGGAGUGUGUUACAAGGCAAUGAGACUCAAAGAUGAGAGACUGAAUCCAGGAUGGGAACUUAGAGGAUAUGCAGAUGUAGAGAUUUUUAAAAACCCAUUUUGGGCAACUCAUUUUUUUUCUUUCUGUUGCGUACCAACACAACAGCCACACAAAUGGUGUUAUCUUUUUUUCUUUUUUUUUUAUCGUAUAGAAAUGAUUUGUCUGGGACAGCUCUUGCCGGGAGACGAGAAAGGCAGAGAUAAAUACUAUGUUACUGUGAUUGUUUUGUUAAGAAAAAAAGUGCAUCUUUUACAGCCAAUUUAUCUGUUAAGCUAUCUGAUAUUAUCUCCACAAAGUGUGCACGUACACAUGCUGCUUAGAGCACCUGUGUGUUUGUGUGCAUGUGAAAAUGAUUUCUCGUUCCCUGCGCGCAAGCGUGGUUAAGAGGCUGAGAUAAAGGAAGAGACACAUUGUCGCAACUUGCAAAAGCAAGAGUGGCAAGCGAGUGGGUCUGUAUGUGUGUGAUCGAGAGUGUGUGAGAGGAUGUGUGUGUGCGAGUGUGUGUGUGUGUGUGUGUGUGUGUCCGUGCACCUGUUUUUUUGUUUGUAGGUUGUAUAAUGUGUUUUUUUUUGGGGGGGGGGUGGGGGCUGAGUACUUUCUCAUGUUGUUGAUUUUGGUUCACCACCAGUAGUGUUUCUGCUGCGUCUCUGGGUGUCUGUCUUUGCGAAAUAGCACUUUUGUUAUUUUCAAAGUUAUAUAUGUCUAAUUUUGCUUAAAGAUUACAAAAUAAAUCUAUUAUUUUACGUGUAAGAGAAAAAAAAAUAGCUAAAGAUUCAACUGAACUAACUGACAUGAUUCCAUUGACUUUGUAAGAGUUCCUCUUCAAAAGCAGACAGUGGCCUGUUUGCACUGAAUAAACCUACAUCAGUGCACACUUGUAUUUCUUUGAAUAUAUAUAUAAAUAUGGGCAUACAUACAUAUAUGUAUAGGGCUUCUAUGGAGAUAUCGCUCCCACUUACAAAACAAUUUAAAACAAUGUUCAGACUGCAAAAGCACCAACACGAAUGAUUUCCAUGUAUUGUUGUUGUCAUUUGAAACAUCCUAAGCCAAGACUUCUCUAGGUGUCUUUGUAAGAGCUCUAUAUGUAUAUUUAUGUAUAAAAUAUUUAAUAUUUAUUUAUGUAUACCAGAUGCAUACAUGCUGAUUGUGCCAUGUGCCAAAU